CACACUUUUAUUUUAAUUUCAGCUUGUGAUGAAGGGGAGAAUUAAGAUUUGGGUAUGGCUGAGCCAAUUUAAAAUAUGUCUACUAGCAAAGCCUUAUAACUUGGCAUUGUUUAUGUGAAGUGAUGUACUGUUUUUUAAGUGGGUGUUUGUUUUUAAAAGCACAUUAUCCUCUUUCCAUGUUGUAAUUAAAGAUAGGCAACAAGUCUAGAUGUUGAUGGACCAACUCCCACCUGCUGUAAUGGCUGCUGGGACAGCAACAUCUUUUGAAAUACAAAUUAUUCACUUCUGAAUUGAAAGAUACUAGGUAUUGGAUUUUUCUUCUGUAUCUCUAAAGUGAGGAUUCCAACCUACAACUGAUAAUAUCACAGUCAAACUUAAAACUGAGAGAGAGGGAAGAAAAGCAACUGCAUCUGUUUGUAAUUAUGGGACGGCAAGGCUAUUAAAUUGUGACAUGUUGACUUUUUUGAUAGGAACUCCUACGAAAUUCUCAAGGGUAAGAGGUUUGAGGUAAAAGGGAUAAUCAUUGCAGUAUCUUUAGUAAAUGCAGUAAAUUUUGUUACACUAAUCAGGAAUGAUUAGUCUGGGUUUCAAUUUAGCUCUUUUUUAAAAAAGUUUUGCUUUCAGACUUGUUUAUAAGGUUUUUUGGGGAAAAAAUUAGUGUAAUUUCUUUCAAAUUUUUCAGAUCAUCUCAUUUCUGUAAGCAAUUUGGAUUUGCUUUUUUAUUGUUAUCUAACCUUAUAUUUUAGUUACUGCUAACCUAUAGAGCUGAUCUAACUUUUCUAGAGGUUAACUGCGUUUUGCAUGUUAAAAGAUAAACAUGUUCCCUGAAGAUAACUCUUUUGGUUUCUGUUAUAAAACACUAUAAAACAUGGGUGUCAAACUCGUGAUGACACAUCAUCAACAUGACAUAUCACAACUUCCCCCCCCCUCGCUAAACCAGUGAUGGGCGUGGCAAGCAUGUGCUGCAUUCAGAUUGCGAGUUUGACACCCCUGCUUUAAAACUAAUGCACUUCCUUGGAUUUGGGUUAGACAAUGUGGAUUUUUAAAUACGUAAAUAAUUAAAGUUACAUAAAAUAUUUUAGGACUUUAUAAAUUAGAUAUUGGAAAUAACAGACCAUAUAAAGUAAAAAAAAUCUCAUCAAUAAAGAUUAAUUACAACAGCUUUCUGAAUUAAUGUAUCUUAGCUAAAGGUGUUCAUAUCUUCAAAGAGUGAUUUCGUGAGAAUUAUUUGAUUUUGAGUUUUUUGACAAGGAAUGGAAACAAUGUAUUUGUAUUAAUUUAAAAAGCAGUAUUUUGUAACAAAAUUCAAAGCAAAACCACUUUGUUAAACUUGAUUCAAGUUGAAAUUAACAUUCUGCUUAUGACAUCAUAAUGCUGAUGAUAUCACAAGCUUAUAGGUCUUGCAUAGUUGACCAUCAAGAUAUCAUGGUAGAAGGAUAGGUUAAAUAACUCUUUUAGCCAUCAGAUGUGGGUGAGUAUUGGUUUUGGCUCAUUCAUUACUUGAUAAAAAUCAAUUCUUGGGCAAAUAAUGUUGAAAUUUUGUUGUCAUUUUGUCUUAGUAAAAUGCAUGAUUAUUGAUAAUUUUAUUUUUCUACUUUUUUGUGAUAUAUAGGCAGCUUUAAUUUGUUCUUAUUUUUAUUGUGAGCUGUCCUGAGAAUUUGAUUAUAAGGCAGCUAAGCAUUAAGCUAAUUCUCUUAACUCCUUACUCCUAUCACCAGAACAUAAUAAGGGGGCAGGCUCUCAACAUAUAUAUAAAAAGAACCUUUUUCAGAUUCUUAAUAUUAAAUGUGAAACUAAUUUUUGUAGCAUUGCCACAUAUAUGAAUAAAAAUUCUAAUUCUUAAAAAACAAAAUCCAGUAUCUUGUGCCACCUGACAGACUUACCAUAACCUAUGUUGUAAAGGGGGCGAAUUGUGAAACUAAAAAAAAAGUAUGCCGGUAUUAGUUGAGCAAAACUGCUUAUGCUUGCCAGUUGGAGUGACUAAACACAUUUUGCUAAUGGGAGAAGUCAAAUUUCUUAGUGCAUAAUACUAAACAGCACAGAAGGCACUUCAUUCUUGCUGGCAGGAAAAGUAUGUUGCUCAUUUAAGAUGAGGUUAAAAUCCCAGAAUUCUGGAUCGGUGGAAUAUGCAACUGGUUGUGUUCUAGAAAUAAUCUAAAAGUACUAAGUACUUUGUCUCAUUAAAAAAAAUAUUUUUUUCUGACGUACCUGAGAAUGCAUCAUAAAAAUGAAGUAAACAGGAAUAUACUGUAAUGUCAUUUUUCACAAGGUUUUUGAGUCACAAGUGGGCAGUGUCUGGCCUUCCAAUAGCAGACAGUAUGAUGACUGAUACUGGGAGUUUCAGUGUAAUAUCCUAGUGCCUAAUGUAGGAAAAGAGUAAUGACAGCUUGGGUAAAAAAGUUUACAUAGGUAAUUUCAACUUACAACUACAAAAUUUCUAUUGCUAAGCAAGAUCAUUGUUAAGUGAACAUUGCUCCAUUUUAAAACUUUUCUUGUGACAGUUGUUAAAUGAAUCACCAGUUGUUGAUCUAGUAAUGAGGAUGUUAAGUGAAUCUGGCUUCCUCGUGGAUUUUGCUUCUCAGAAGAUCACAAAAGGUGAUCAUAUGAUCCCAUAAUAAAUACAUGCCAGUUGCUAAGGGCUCAAUUUUUGAUCAUGUGACCACAGGGAAACUGAAAUGGUCGUAAAUAUAGAAAAACAAUGAUAAAUCACUUUUUUCCUUGCCGUUUAACUUUAAAUAGUCACUAAAUGAAUGGUUGUAAGUCGAGUACCUGUAAUGUAUACACUUACGAAAACUUUCAUUGUGACUAGAAUUGAUAAUUGAACUGUCAGAAAUUUAUUAAUCUGAAAGCUGGUUUCACAAUUAAUUAAUUUGAAGUAUACUAUAUGGAGAAUAAAGUAAAGAGGUUAUAAAUGUUAAAUAUUUUGAAUGCAAAUAGAUGGGCAGAUAAUAGUCUACAUAGAUGUAUGAGCUUGUUAAUCUUAUUUCAAGGUGGAAUUAGAAACUGACAUAAAAAAUGGAAGUAAAACAUAGAUUCUGGAUUGACAGAUAUAAUUGAGUUGGCAUUAUAUAUUGGCUAAGGUCCAUGAGCAGAGAAGCAUAACAUCUUUGGUAAUUUUUACUCUUGUAAUCAUGUGAAGCUAAUGAAACAGAAUCUCUUCCUGCAUCACUUUUUUCUCGACCUGGUUUGAAACUAUUCUUUAGCAACUCUAAAGUCAUAAUAGCUGGUGUUUAUGUAGAUGGAUUUUCUGUGAUGACUCAGGAAUUGAAAAACAAUGCUCAAUUAGACUGAAUCUGAGUUCAAAUUAAAUUUACUAGCUGUUCUUAUUCAAACUCUUGGGCAGUGAGUUCUGAAAAACUGAAGACAAACACAUCUGAAAGUUGAAGAUCCUGUGUGGUUUCAAUGAUAAUGGGAAUAAAAGUCUUAGCAAAUUUCUUUUUUCUUUUUCAUCUAUUUUAUCUUCUAUUUUAUAGGGUUUCACAAUACAACUUGGGUACUGCAAGCACCAGAGAAAACGGGAUGGAAGGCCCAAUGCAUGAGAACCCCGAAUGGGAGAAGGCUCGGCAAGCACUGGCUAAUAUUAGUAAGGCCAAUGCUGCAGCUGCUUCUGGCAACAGUAAAGGGGCCACCAAUGGCCAAGCUAACUCACAGUACUCAGCACAGCAAGGGGAAUCCCUGCAGCAGCAACAGCAAUACUACCAGUGGUAUCAACAAUACAAUUAUCUCUACCCUUAUAAUUACUAUUAUCCUAUGCAAAAUGUUUACUCUGGAUAUGGUUCUGGGCAAUAUGGUGUUUCAGGGUCUUAUUCCCCAACAACCCAACAGCCACCAGUUCUUGGGCAGCAUCAAGGGAGUAUGAGCCAGCCUCCAGUCCCAGGCAUGGAAGACGGAGGGAUGUCGUACUCAAGCCAGUCUCAGCAAAUGCAAAUCUCUAAUCCGCCACAGUCCUCUAUGCAGCAUUCCAACCACCCUUCACAGCAUAGCAACCAACCCAUGGGCCCUGGGGGACAGCAGCAGCAGCAGCAGCAGGGUGGUCCUGCUGGAGGGUUGCACUCCUCUCAGUCAAACCAGUCAAGUGCCUCCUAUAACCAGCAGCAGCAGCAGCAGCAGCAACAGCAGCAUUCUUACCAGGAAGCAGCCAAGCCCAAGAAAGGACAGCAGCUGUGGAAUCGCAUGAAACAAGCGCCUGGUUCUGGUGGUCUAAAAUUCAAUCUUCCAAAACGUCCUUUUGUAGUAACAAAUCAGAACUUCGGCUCUGGGGAGCAGCAGCAACAGCAGCAGCCGCAGCAGCAGCAGCAGCAGCAGCAACAUCCAAACUUUGCCUCCCAGCAGAAUUCAGAGAAACGUCACAAUCACAGUUCUUCCACAGGUAAGCCUGAAGAUUGGCCACAGGACAUGAAAGAGUAUGUCCAGCGCUGCUUCACAGCUUGUGAGUCAGAGGAGGACAAAGACCGCACAGAGAAGCUGCUUAAAGAGGUCCUUCAGGCCAGGCUACAGGAUGGCACUGCCUAUACCAUUGACUGGAGCAGGGAACCAUUGCCUGGCUUGGGCCGAGACAACUUGGCUGAAAGCCCCAAGAAAAAACAACAGCGCUGGGAAGUGUCUUCUCUGCACCCACCACGUGCCUCUGUGCAGUCAAGUCUUGCUCAACAGCAGCAGAGGAGUGGUGGGGGCAAUUCUCAGCCCCAGCGAGGGGGAGGUAGCGGAGGAGCUGGGACUGGUCGGAUUCGUGGGAAUGCCUUCCCCACCAAAUUUGGAAACCGCAAUGUUUUCAUGAAGGAAAACAGCUCAUCCUCAAGUGUUGAUUCACGUUCUAGGUCACGGUCAUCAUCCCGAUCUCCCAGUCGCCACUUCCGAAGAAGCGAUUCAGAUUCUGACAGCUCCUAUUCUGGAAAUGAGUGUCGCCUGGGUGGCCGGCGGAAUGCUCAGAAAAACCGAGGGCGGGGAGGCCACAUGGAUAGAGGACGGAUGAGAACACAGCGAGGAAAAAGACAUGAUCAAGGUCCUCCCAAGCGAAAUCGGAAACGCAACACUAUGGAUUAUGAAGACCCUGAAAAGGAGUUCAAGAAGGAACGGAGGGCAGCACGCUUCCAGCACGGAGCUCAUCCGAAAAAGCUGCGUCUCGAACCUCUUAUCUUACAGAUCAAUGCUCUGGACCCUCUUGGCUCUGAUGGCCUUGACUGGAAUGAGUUGAAAAUUGUAGGCACCUGCCAAGACAUCACAAAGCAUUACCUGCGCCUCACCUGUGCUCCAGACCCCUCCACUGUCCGGCCUCUCUCAGUGCUUAAAAAAUCCUUAUCCGCAGUAAAAUCCCACUGGAAAGAGAAGCAAGAUUAUGCCUAUGCUUGCGAGCAGAUGAAAUCCAUCCGCCAGGACCUUACAGUUCAAGGAAUCCGUGCAGAAUUCACUGUGGAAGUAUAUGAAACCCAUGCCAGGAUAGCUCUGGAAAAGGGUGAUCAUGAGGAGUUCAACCAAUGCCAGACACAGUUGAAGUCUCUUUAUGCUGAGAAUCUUCCAGGAAAUGUUGGAGAAUUCACUGCUUAUCGUAUUCUCUAUUACAUUUUUACCAAGAACUCUGGAGACAUCACAACUGAGCUGGCAUACCUGACAAAGGAGUUGAAAACGGACCCUUGUGUGGCACAUGCCCUUGCCUUGCGAGCUGCCUGGGCCCUCUCCAAUUACCACCGUUUCUUCUGUCUGUACCGUCAGGCCCCUUGCAUGUCUGGCUACCUCAUUGACAAGUUUGCUGAACGAGAGAGGAAAACGGCCCUCAAAGCCAUGAUCAAAACUUUCCGCCCGGUGCUUCCGGUCUCCUACGUUGUGUCAGAGCUGGCCUUCGAGAGCGAGGAGGAGUGCCAAGCUUUCCUUGCAGCUCUGUCCCUUGUGUACACUAGUCCAGACGCCACCAAGAUUGACUGCAAGCAGAGCUUGGCGGUCCUGGCCAAUUUCUGAAAGCAGAAAAACAAAAACCCACUGCCCUGUUCUAGCCUGUUUUUAACAUGUACAUAUAUAGAUAUAUAUAUAUGUCUGUGUUUGUGCGUGUAUAUAUGUAUAUAAAAUCAGAUAACAGUUGGCCGCUGUGGGCAAGCUGGGACUUGCUCUGCUGCUUCGCCCGCUGUCCACAACACACUUGGAUAGAAGAGGGUAAGAUCCACGGACAUCAGAUGGCAUCUGAGAUCACCGGAAGCAGAAGAGCAGAGAGUUCGGUCUAAGGAGUCUUGGGGGUUUGCCAGCAACAGGGAAAGGAGAUUUCAGGGAAGAAUAGUUCUGCACCAUUUACAAUCAUCUGUUCCUCCCCGCCCCCUUCCUCUCAUGUCAAGAUCCAUGAGUUGCUAGAGCCCCUGUCUCUCUUCCCCCGUAGUCCGAAAUUGCCAGGAUAAAAAGUUGGAAAUCUGUGGAUUAAUUGUGGGAGAUGAUGGAAAUUGCUGCCCUGGGUGUUGCCAUCUCUUCAUUGUCCUAAGGAUUCAGGAAGCUAGAAGAUCUUCUCCCUAAGCCACAGAGCAAGCCCUCUUAAUUUAUUUUUAAUUAUUAUUUUUUGGUAAAAGUCUCACCAGGCGCUGUUUUAUUCCACUUGGCAGAUCUGAAAAAGGCACCGGUACAUGAGCGCAUAUGGCUAGAUGUGAAUAUAUAUGAAAUAUGGUUUUGUACAGAAGCUACAAGUUGUAAAUAAUACUAGGCAAAUUCUUUGUUUCUUAAGAGAAAAAAAAAUCCCAUGUUUUUCUACUUUUAUAAUGAUGAAUUUAACCGUUUCCUCUGAAGAUGAAAAAUUCAGGUUUUGCGUGCACAUUUUGUGUUCUUUAUUAUGCUCCUCAAAAACUAACACUGUCUCAGUUUUUUCCUCUUCCGAGCUACGGCCUGGCUAUGAAAAAGCUUGAGAGAUGCCACCUCUCCGGUCGAACACAAAAACAGCCUGAGGGGGAAAGAGCAAAGCAAAAUCUGUCUUCACAUAUUUCCUACCAGUUCAAAGACUUUUUUCCUACGCAAAGGAGAAUGUGAGAGACUUCUUUGUUAACAAAACCCCACAAGGAUGUGGCCACGACAAACAAAGCAAAUCCAGAGAAGGCAUGGUGCGCAGCUGUGAAAUCAGAUCAACAAACAAGAUGAUCUUCACAGUCUCCUCUUCUAUUGUGUUCUGGAGUUGUCAUGCUAAGUUUUUUUAAUUUAUUUUUUUCUCCCUCUGUCCUCAGUCCUUUACAGGUAAACUUUAAAAUGCACCACCCAUUUUCACUUUUCUCUCGUCACAUUAUUUCAGUUUUGUUUUGAAAGAUUGUCCAAUAAUUUUUUCUGUUGUUUUCUUUCUCCCACCCUCUUCCCCACUCUUAGUCUCUUUAGCUUCUCAUAAUCCCUUCUUCCCCUCUGUUCUCCUCUGCUCUAACACCUCUUUCUUUUUGUUUUUGAACAUGUGUAAUUUUGGGAUAUUUUGGCUUGGGCUGGAUUUUUCAAAGAUUCCUUUUUCCUUUUCAGAAACCUGAAUUUUCUUCCAUUUGAUUAAAAGUCAGUUUUUUAAAACAGCA